AUGUUCUCCUCGCCAUCCGGGGUAGGCAUUCGAAUAUCGUCGUCAGGUAGAUUGGCUUGCGACGAACCGGACCUCGCCAAGAAGCAUCCCGAGUCCAUCUCUCACCCCGUCUUGCUCGUCGUGAAAAAGGAGGUUAAAAAGGAGGUUGGGGUCCAGGAGAAGGGUCUGGGGAAGGGGGACCUGAAGAUUGACGAGGACGAGGAGGACGAGGACAAGAAGAAUUGGACGAAGCACGUCUGGACGCGCAACCCCUCCGAAACCAGCCAGAAGGAGAUCACCUUUCGCCAAGCGCUCCUCAUUGAGGGUCGGCUCGCGUCCAAGACCAUCCUCUACGUCCGGAAGUGCGCGCCCUCCUCAUCGAGUGGAAGAAGAGGCGCAACAGCAUCAAAUUCUACGUUCGCCGGCACGGACGAGCAGACCUUGAUCCCGUAUAUACUCACGGCGCUCAACGACACUGAGCUCGCGUUCAAGUUCGCUUCGCGUGGGAACUCGUCCGGCGCCGACGACCUACACAUCAAGCAGUACCAACAACUCUUCCAGUCCGGCAACUUCGGCGAGGCGGCAAAGAUCGCGACCAACUCGCCGGGCGAGAUCCUUCGUACUGCGCGGGACAUCGAGAGCUUCAAGCAGAUGCCUGCGCCGCCUAGCGGCACGUGGCCCAUCUUGCAGUACUUCGGUAUCUUGCCCGAGAAGGGUAAACUCAACGACCUUGACAAGGAGCUCGGCGAUAUCGUCCGCCUACAUGACCUCAUCCUCGCCCUCUCCGUCUACCUCCGCGCCAACGUCCCUAACGAGGUCAUCGCCUGCUUCGCCGAGACCGGCCAGACGGACAAGAUCCUGCUCUACGCCAAUAAAGUCGGUUUCCACCCGGACUACGUCGGUCUCCUGCAGCACAUCAUGCGCACCAACCCGGACAAAGGCGCCGAAUUUGCCGCACGGCUGGUCAACAACGAGUCAGGGCCCUUGAUCGACGUCGAGCGCGUCGUCGACAUCUUCAUGGCGCAGAACAUGAUCCAGCCUGCGACGAGCUUCUUGUUGGACGCGCUCAAGGAGAAUAAGCCGGAGCAAGGGCAUUCGCAGACGAGGUUGCUCGAAAUGAACUUCUUGCAUGCGCCGCAGGUCCCGGACGCGAUUCUCGGCGACGAGACGUUCUCACACUACGACCGCCCGCGCAUUGCCAACUUGGUUCGCGUAUGCCCUGCUCAGAAGAUGAGACACAUGACAAGAAGGUAUCCGAGGCGGGAGCACGUACGCGCUGAGCUCAUCGAAGAUGGAGUCCCUCGCACACCCACUGCUCGGAUGCAUAUUCACCAAAAGCUUUGA